ACACCUUCCUCUUUUAGUCUCUACUCUUCAGCCAGCAGCAGAUGAUUACAGAUUUAUACCAAUUGUUUUAUUGAGAGAGGAUUGAUCUUUUUUAAGUCUUGACAAAUGGAUUGUUAACUACAUCAUGUCUCUCCAUUAUUUGUUGCUUUCCUAGAGAUGAUAUGGUGUAAAACACUUAGCCUGACCGCUUUUCAGUCAGGAUAGUUCACUUGUUGGAAGUGGGACACUGGAGGAGCAGUAGAUGAUUAGAGCUCGACUUUUUGUAAAUUUUUUUACUGACACCGUUGUUUUAUUGAAGUCUCUGGUAUGGACUACAUCUCUCAGAACAUACGAGAUCAGAUCUCAGAGCUGCUGAAGCCUCACAGAGUCUGUCUGGUGACGCCUGUCGUUCUGAACCACUCCAGUCAGCCAUGUGGGAGGUCGGCCAACAGGUUUGUGGUGCUGAGUCUAUGGAGAGGUUACCUGGUUAUAAACAAGCAACCUGUCAGGGUGGAGAGCACUUUCAGCUACUUGGAGAUCUGCUCCAUCAACAUUCACAGUCUCACACAGAUUGUGUUGGAGACAGACAGACAUACUCUGUCUUUCAGUGUAUUGCAUGUUGAGGAUCUUGAGGCCAUGAUCAGUCACAUGACCGCCUCACUGAAGAGGGUCUUUCCUGAUUCAUCUCCAGGAAAGCUGUUGAAGAUGAUUCCUCCAGAUCUCCAGCAGAGACUCCUCACACUUACUGGUGUGAUAGAAGAGCAGCUGGAUAGUCAACCUGGCUCCUGUGGAGGAUUCUCUGACACCUAUGCUGCUCUGUGUGAUUUCAAUGAAAUGCCAUUCAGAGAGGAGAUUCAGUGGGAUGUUGACAAUAUCUACUACAUUAACAACUGGAGAGAGUUCAAUCUGCUGGACUUCAGCCACCUAGACAGCAGGGACUUGGCAUUAGCAGUAGCAGCUCUGUCUUUCAACCAGUGGUUCACCAAGAUCUACUGCAAAGAACUCAAACUGUCCGUAGACAUCCAGCAGCAGCUGAUUUUCUUGCUGUCCAGAUCUCCCAGUCUGAAGGAGCUCUCACUAGAGGCCAGUGGACUCAAACUGGACUUUGCACUCAAAAUGGCAGCUGCCCUGCGGGAGCAUGAAUCCUCCACCCUGCAAUCCAUCAACCUCUCAGGCAAUCCAAUCGAAGACAAAGGUGUCAUAGCUCUCAGUCAAGAGUUGGGGAAUUUAGCUGAAGGACUCAAGCACCUUUCUCUGUCCCGGGUAUCCAUGACUGCAAAAGGUUUGGGCUGUCUGAGUCAGGUGUUAUCCUCCACUCAUCUGUUCUCAGCAUCUCUGACCCGCCUCGACCUGUCAGAUAACCCCGGCAGUCUGGUAACUGAGGAGGCCACGUUUCUCUUCAAGUUCUUGUCCAGCACUAACUCUCUGUCUCAUCUGGACCUCAGUGAUACCAACUGCCCUCUGGACACGUUAUUUGUGUCCCUGUCUGCUGGAUGUUGUUACAAACUGCUGCACCUGAACCUGGCCAGGAAUCCUUUCAGCCACAGAAAGGUGCGGGAGGUGACCAGGAGCAUUCGAGAGUUCUUCAGUCAGAGCUGUGAGCUAAAAUAUGUGGGCCUGUCUGCAACCAAACUACCUCCACAAGCUCUCAGGUUAUUACUACAGGGUCUGGCAACCAACACUCGUCUCUUUGGGCUGGAGUUGGACAUCAGUAGCUGUGAGUUACGUUCAGCAGGAGCUCAGGUGAUACAGGAGCACAUCUCUGAAGCUACAUCUAUCAGAAGUCUGGAUAUCUCUGACAAUGGUUUUGAGAAUGACAUGGUGACUUUGGUUCUGUCUGUUGGUCGAUGCCACUCUCUACGACACCUCGCAUUGGGAAGAAACUUUGCCAUGAAGUCCAGAGCUCUCACUGAUGUUCUUCAUCGUAUAGCUCAGCUCAUUCAGGAUGAAGAGUGUCCCUUGCAGUCUCUAUCAGUGUGCGACUCCAAGCUGAAGACAGGGAUGCACAUCCUGCUGAGCGCGCUGGGUGGCCACGCUGCUCUGGCUGAAGUGGACAUCAGUGGAAACAACAUCGGAGACACUGGAGCCAAAAUGCUGGCUAAAGCCCUGAUGAGUAAUACCACACUGAGGAAUUUAGCAUGGGACAGAAACAAUAUAACUGCCAGAGGUUUCCAGGAUGUGGCUGAUGCCUUGGAGAGGAAUUUCACUCUGCAGCAGGUGUCUCUCCCUCUUGCUGAUAUCACACAGAGUUACCGCAGCAACCCUGACAGAACAAAAGAGGCUAUGCACAAGAUUCAGCAAUGUUUAGACAGAAACAACCAGAGACAGUCUGAAAGAGUGGAACUUCAGCAAGUUUUUAAAGUACAACAAUCUGAGAAGCAGGUCAAGGGUAUGUGUCGGCAGUUGGAGGACCGCCUUCAACGUUUAAACCACUGCAACAUUCAGGAGGUCCAGGCCGACAUCCUGGCAGCACACGAGGCACUGCACAACGCCAGGGAGUCCUUCAAGCUGCUUCCCUCUCUGUAUGAGGCAGGCAAGAAGUGUGCCUCAGAUGGAGACUUGGUGAAUGGCAUCCUCACUGACACUGCAACUGUGCUGACGAAUGAGUUCAACAGAAGCAUACAGGAGUUGGCUGAAGGCCUGAUGAGAACAGCAGAGGCAGCGUGUCCACGGGUGGUCCAGCGGUCAAGUGUGUGCGAGUGUCUGUCAGAGUGUGUGUCCAAAAGAAGCAGACAGACACACACAUUCUUGAGAAACAGUCUGGUGGAAAACACAGGGCAGAUCAUCAGCAACAGACUGCGUGAACUGAGACAAACACUGAGUGUCUCUCUGGCUGAAAGCAUCUUAGAGCAGGUACAACAGGAUCUGACCAUGGCGCAGGACAAAAUGGAUUGCCUUAUAAAAGAAAACGUAUGCACUGCUCUGAAAGUCAAUGUCCCAGAGAUUCGACUGAGUGAGACUGACUUCCCAACUGAUGACUACAGUCCAGCAUUUUGGAGAAACAGUUUCCACUCCAAGAGCCUGAGGCCUGCCCCUUCUAUUAAGAGUCUCCUGGAUGCAGACUGGGAGCAGCAGGCCAGGGAUGGAGGAGCAGAGAGAGAGGGGGGAGGAGGCACUGGAGAGAAAGGAGGAAGAGGAAGGUGUGGCCUCCCUCUGUUGCCGACAGCAACCCCCUUGUCAGUCAGGUUUUCAAACCCCUCCCCUUCCCCGUCCCCCUCCCCCCCAGGACUGAGGGGGAGGAGGCGGAGGGAGGGAGAGGUGGCAGCAGUGGAUGCUGCAGCAGCAAUACCAGGAGCGAGAGGAGCAUCGUUCAUUCCUCCUCCCAGUCUCCCCCUCCUUUCCUCCAUCUCCGCUCGAGCUCCAGAGGAGGAGGCUGCCGGCCGCGGAGGCUCACCCAGACGACAGGCUCCCUUCCCCGGCUGCGGCUCCAGCCUAGGCCCCCUCCCCGGCUCUGGAUCCCCCGCUUCUCCCAUGGAGCCUCUACCCACCCAGGGACAGACUCUAAGGCAUUACACCGCCUCCCGACCACGGCCGCGACGCACACAUACACAGCCCCCCUCCUCCAGGCCUCAGGAGCCAGUUUCAAAGGUAGAAAAUGAGGCCAGUGAGGGGAUGGGCAGAGUGGAUGAAGGAGUAGAGGAAUUCUUCACCAAGAAAAUUAUCCCUGACUAUGCACUAAAAGGCCGGUGGGAGGAGUCAAUCCCUGCCCAAGCCACUCCCUCAGAGUCAAGCUCCACCCCCUCAGCCUCAACCCCCUUUUCCUCUUCGUCUGAAAAUAUCACCUCCUCUACCACCACCACUGUCACCUCCCCCUCUGUCCCAUCUACUGACACAUCCUUUACAUCCACUGAUGUUCCACCCGUCUCUACAUCCUCCACUUCCCCCACCCCCUCUUCUGUCACCACCACCACACUUCCCACCAAAAACAUCAAGAAAAAGUUUGGCGACUUCUUUGCCUUCAAGAGAGCUCGAGCCAGCCGAGCUGCCAAGGCAGGAGGGGGUGAGGGAGGAGGAGGAGGAGGAGAGGGGGUGAAGGUCAAAAGGACCUCCAUUGCAGACCUCAUUCGACCCCUACGCGAGGCCAAAGAAAGGGAGAGAGAGAGGGAGAGGGACAAGGAGAGAGAGAAGGGGAGAGGGGCAAGGUCAGUGGAGGAUGCUAACGUUUCUAAUGAUGCCACCACCACAGAAGGAAUCGUUGCCACCAGCCACCAUCUUGCAGGCGAUGCGAGGGGAAUGAUGGCGCCUGCCAAGACAUUAACGAUGAUGACGCCUUCCAGUGAGACCACUCCCUCUUACCCCACCAUCGCCACCAGCCCUGACCUCACCACUGCCACACUUUCCAACCUGGAGGAGGAGGCAGUUCCUGUCUUGCCAGGUCGCACCCCAAGUCCUGUGGUCACCUCCCCUCUAACUGAGCAGGAGAGGAGUGCUGCGCAGAUGCAGGAGAUGAAGUUGGGAGGGACUCCAUAUGGAGAGAGGAGACUGAAGGUGACCAAGAGGUCACUGCGAGAGGGCAAGAGCCAGAGUCUCAUACUGCUGACGGGAUUAGAGCCUGAAGACAAGGAGGACACCCACAGCAAGAAACAUGCGUCUGAGAGCUCCUCUAGUUUUGAACAGAGGCUUCAGGUGGUGCUGCACAGAAUGGGCGUGGCCAAAACUCCACCUGCCGACACCAAGGCGAGCCAGAAUAAAGAUGAGGAGCUGAGAAAGGCCAACUCUGAAGGUGCUAUCCUGGACAAACCUGUACCACCUCCCACAUACAUGAAGCCCAGAACCAUGUCCACUUCAUCAGCAGAUCCCAGGCAUCCUAUGAGAGCGCUGGAUCCCAUCCGACCAGAGCCUCCCCUUCACCCAAAACCUGCCCUCCCCGAGCGCCCCAUUGGCCCCCUGCCACCCAAACCUGCUAUUGCAGCCAAGCCUCCCAUCCCCACCCCGGCUUCUCCUGCAGGAGGAGGAGUUCGUCCCUCCUCUGCUCCUCCCUCCAGCAGCUCUGCAGAAAGAGUCCAGCUCCGAGCACACACUCAUGAUGGCAGGCCAGGGGAGACCACAGGACAGAUUGAAAGCCAGGAGCGGCCUUGGAGUGCAGCCUCAGCCCCGUCCUCCAGGAAAGAACUGCUUCCUCCGGGCCCAUCUCCAUGGAGGGGUCCCAGCACACAGGAUCGCUCUGAGAAAGCACAAUCAUUGACCGACGAGAGUCUUCCUAAGCCACGGCAGCACCUGAAGCCCCUCCCACAACGCAGAGCUGUGUCCGUCCAUGAGGAUGCUCCAGGCCUGACACAAGAGCUGAAGGCAGUGUUACAGAGGUCACCCAUCCGUUUCCGGGGCAACAGAGGGGACCUGCCCACCUGCACUGAAGAUCCAUCUAGUGGGGAGGAAGUACAAAGAGCUCAGAAGGGUGAGAGAGCCACUGACACAGGGAAACAGACAACUGAACAAAAGAAGGAGGCCACUCAGAAGGAGGAGCUGAAGGCCGAGGGGGGAAGGACCGGCUGUGAAGGCACGUUAGCUGAAACCAAGCAUCCCCCUCCAGCAGAAGAGGAAACCCCAGGCUCAGGAUGUCCCUCCUCUGAAGCUCAGGCUCAACUAGAAACAUCAGUACCCCGACUUGUCAGUCCAACUGCAGCCCUUGACAAAGCCCCUUCCAUCCUGGAGAGGCCUCCGGCACUAACCCAAACCCUGGAGAGGCCCCCUGUAACACCCACAUCUGAGAAGAAGAGCCCCAACACAGCCUCAGCUUUGCCCCAAACUCUAGAAAAACUGCUGGUGUCCCCACCACCCCAAGAAGAGACCCCCAGCACAAUCCCAGCGGCAUCUGAAUCACCAGAAAACCCCCAAUUGAGCUCUCUGUCCCACAAGAAGAAGAGCCCCGGCACAGUGCCACCCACAGUGGAUGUGAGAAACAGCACACAGGAAAGAGGAGAGGCGGUCUCUAAACAGCACACAACGAAGGCAGAGCCAGCAGACCAAAGAACUGAGCCCCCUCUGUCUGAAUAACACACACACUGACUUACCUGAGGAGAAAACGAUGCACCUGGGAUGGAGGGGAGUUAGGGGUCUGUGACAUCAUUGAGAUCAGGAGCUGGGAGGGUAAUGAGGUCCGAAAAGAGCAUGAAUGUUGUACCCUCCUGUAGAAAACAGCUGCUGUGUCCCAAGUCAGAGGUGUGGAAAGUCUGAGAACUAAGUGCAGAGUAUGCAGCUGGUGCAUAUUUUUAUUGCUAGCUGGCCGCUAACAUCUGUGCAUUUGUUAUACUGGCUGUCAGAGGUGAAUAAAUACAGACUGCACAAACGGUUUUGUUGUGGUCUGAAAAUAAAUGUUCUUUUAAAUGUUGUUGUUUUUUUUUUUUAUCUCUAUGAGUUGAGUACUGAAUUGCAGCAUCUGUUUCAGUUUGUGUGAGGCACGCAUUAUUGGUAUCAAUCUGACCACUGGGUUGCUAUUGCAGUUGGUGCUUAUUAAACAGCAAAUGUACAGAUGUCAGCUGUGGCUAGCUAGCAAUAUACCGUGUGUCUGCAGAGUGUGUCUUAGUGUGCUGACUGUCAUCUAACUGAUGUCAAAAAUAGGAAUUUUAUUAUAACUAUAUUCUCAUCUCUGUGCAGCGAUGAACUAGCACUGUAAAACUGCAGGUGAAGCAGUAACUUUUCACUCAAGUUGAAACAUGUUGAACUCAUUUAAAGGUCCAGUGUGUAGGAUAAAGGGGAUAUAUUGGCAGAAAUGGAAUAUAAAAUAAUAGUUAUGUUUACUUUACUGUGUAUUCACCUGAAAAUAAGAAUAAUUGUGUUUUCAUUGAUUUAGAAUGAGCCAUUUAUAGAGAUCACCAUGUUGCACCGCAAUGUUUCUACAGUUAUCGUAUCCUCAUAGAAUGGUUAGCAUGAUAUCCUGCGACUCAGCGCCCCACGAAUGACGUUACAUUCUUAAUGUACAGUUAUGUAAUUACAUAAAGUUAAGAGGCAAUCAUUGUUACUGUGGUUAGGUUUAAGAGAAGAAACAUGGUGAGGACAUAACAUAAAAUGAGUUUACACAGUUCCGAUCACCAGUCUCCUGGGGAAAGUCCAGUGUUUUGUGACAUGUCUGCUGCCCCAACCUGCCUCCUCACAGACUGCCUGGGACCGCUUCCUUGUUUACUAGCAUCAGCACAUUGGUCACGUGAUAGCAGCCUUCCAAAAUAUGUGGGUUAUGCACAAAUUACUGGCUCAUGUAAUAGCCCAUAACAGAAAAACUUAACACCAGCUCUUGAUAGGGCCAUUCGUGCUUUACGUUUUUGCAUUUUGGUGUUGGCCACCGUGGUUAGAAGCCCAUCUGCGACCAGCAGCAUCAGAGAAACACUGAUUUGUAUAGUCAGCACGUUUAUGUGACAUUAGAGAAAAUCGAUUUAUUCUGUUAUUCUGACUAAAACCCGACUUUUGAAAUACUUUAUUCAGUGUUUUUACCAGUAAAAAAAAAAAAAGGAAUCCUAACCAGGAUAACUUUCAGCUGGUUGAAAUCUACAAUCCUCACUGCCAAAUGUUCCUAAAUCCCCCUAAAUCUUACACACUGCUCCUUUAACUUACUGUCUCAGUUCACGCCACUCAGGGUGAAUCUGCAUCCACUUGCACCUUUGCAGUGACUAAUAUGCAACUGUUUCAUUCCCAACAUUGGGGGUGAAACAGUUGCGCUGAGUCUGAACACACCUUUAAAACUCAGUAUAGUUUAUGCCUUUAAGAAGGCCUGAAAUGGGACACAGCUAGCCACAGCUAAAUGAAUGAAUUGACAGGAGCAUCAGCUAGGUGGUUGUGAAAUCUUUAUUGUUCGCUCUCCACAAAAGGAUGGCUCAUUUAAAAAAUGUGAGUGUAGUUCAUUAACACAUUAGGUUUCAACACAUCAUGUCAAAGACAACACAUUUAUAUCACCUGCUUAUACAUGUUAUCAUUAUGAUUUGAUAAGGGGUUACAAGGCCCACAAUGUACUUUAUGAUUCUGUGAUUCACUUUGCCUUCUUGAUUUUUUCCAGAAUAUGACCGAGUUUCAGGAAAAAGACCUCUUCAGUUAUAUUGACACGUUUCAUUGUGACUUAGACUUCGCUGAUUUAGCUCAUUUGCUCCCAUUGAUUUUUUAAUUGGGGAUUUUUUUUUUAUGUUUAAAUCAUAAUGACUCAAAAUUUUGUUUGCAUGAUGUUUUAAAUUCCACUUUUAAAUCCCUCUUAAUCAUCUGCUUAUUCCCCCCCCAAUUGGCCUGAUAUUUGUAUUGAAUUGCCAUUUUUGACUCUGACUUUUGUUAGCUUUGUGGGAGGGAGGUUUUUUGCCCCAAACCAGUCACUGUGACAUCCAUCCAUUCAAUGCUGUGUUAACAUUAGCAAAUAUCAGUUAGGCUGUAUUGAUCUGUUUUGCAACAUAACAGUCAUGUUCAUAUAACUUCUUACUACUACUGAGGUCCUGCAGUUUAUGUCACAGUCCCUAACAGCUGCCAUACAAGAGGCAGAAAUAAGCUUUUUGUCCUGUUAGCAUAAACCGACUGCUGAGGAAGCUAGUUUUACAUUAGAUUAGUUUUUCACUAUGCCAGACACUCAUUGUGUAAACUGUAGAAGAAGAAGCACAGUACCAAAUUCAUAUUUCAGUUACCUUGUUUCCUUUUUAAUUAACAUCAGUGAGAUUUAUAGAUAUCAAGAAAUAAAAGUGCCAUGCUCAGGGAGAUAAAGUUACUUCAUAAGAAGGGACCAUAAUGGGUUUUGUGAGCUCCAAAGAGUUCACAAGGCUUGAUACCUUUAUGCAGUGAGUUUGAAGUUAGGGUUUAUUGUGCUCAUACUAUUUUUGGAUGCAUUUGCUCAAUUUAGCUGUUUUCAUUUCACAUGAUAACAAGAGAAAUAGUAUAGUUAUCAUAAAAAAAUCUCUUUUUUAAAGUAAAGUUUCUUGUUAUACCUUGACAAUAUCUUAUAUAAAAAAAAAAAAAAAAAUUGUGAAAAACACCUUGUUAUAACAGGAACCUUUUUAUGUUAUUACCUGAUAAUGAUCAGUGUUUUUUUCUGGUAUGGCUGCAAUACGCUUCCAUACUUACUGAUCAAUAUACAGGUAUUACAACAUAAUAUUUUCAUAGGUAACGUGCACUAUGCUAUCUAUAGCCAAAUGAAGCAUGUAGCAGGAUGUAUGUAUGUUUGUCAUUUACUGACUAAGAAGCACAUUGUGUGGGAUGAAGUCAUCAGGAGAAGGCACAUCAGCAGCUGCACAUAUUUUUUCAUAAUGUAGUUUUUUUUCUCUUUUUCAUUACUUCAUCAGUGUACAGGAGGUUCAUCUCCAAGUCGCUAGAUUCAGCUGUGGGUAUGUUUUGCUAUUUUUAGGCAUAUAAACAGGUGUCCUUUGCAUUGCUAUAUAAAUGACACCCCAGAUCCAUUGCUUCCGUCACUGCAGGACCUCAGUAGUGCAUAGUCCUUGUCCAGCAAUACACUUUGAAUACCAUCUCCUCAUGUACCAGAGAGGCCAACUGUAAAAUUCAAGGUUUGUGAAAACCAACAGGUAGAACAGUAUGAAUACCUUUCCUUUGAGGAAAUGCCUCCUGUUUAAUGUUCUUAUUUAAGAGUUGUUUUUUCAGGGUCCAUUUACUAAAGUCUUGAAAGCUGCAUCACUUUCAUCCAGUCUGGUCACCGUGUUUGUUUAGAUUCUGCCGAUCAUGGCACAGUUAAGGCGCAUUUAUACUUAACGUACAAAAUAGAUUUGUCCCUUUCAAAUGUAAAUGUCACUGCUCUCUUACUUCCAUGUGUCCUGUAUGAUGGCAUAGAUACAGCCAAGAGAUGGCACUAAAGGGCAGAGUCAAAACUUUUACGCAACAACAAACAUGGUGAUGUUGGAGGAGGUCGUUGGAGGAGGUUGUAAUAAUGUACCCAUAAACAGAGGCAGUGUUGUAGAGAGUGGAGAACUGUGAGGCCAUUAAAGGGAUAGUGCACCCAAAAAUGAAAAUUCACCCAUUAUCUAUUCACCCAUAUGCCGUGAACUACGUGAACUACUCCUUUAGGUGGAGUUGUGUUGCUACCCCCUCUCCCGUCGGAUCUCUGCAAGCGAUGUGAGGACUCUAAAACUUCACCUGAGCCUCCCUCAGCAUGUGGGUGAGUGGAUGAUGGCUGAAUUUUCAUUUUUGGGUGCACUAUCCUUUUAAAUACACCUUUUAAAAAAUGUCCUCAUUGGGGCACCCAGUAGCUCAGUGGUCAGAGCGGUCAUCCCAUGUACAAAGGCAUUGUUCUUGCUGUAGCAUCCGCGGAUUCGAUUCCAGCCUGCAGCCCUUUUCAGCAUGUCAUCCCCGCUCUCUUCCUCUAUCAUGCUUAAGUCUGUCCUGUCAAAUGAAGGCAAAGCCAAAAAAUUGUCUUCACCAACUCCUACAGUUGUAUUUCACUUGCUACACUGCCUCCACAAUCACAGCUGGUACCGCUUUGUUUCACUCGUAUCCAUAGGGCUAAUUUAUGCUCAACGGUAAAUAUGGACACAUAUGGAGCCUAUAGUCCACACUCUGCAUUCAUUUUGCCUGUAUUUGUGCAAAUUUUCUGAGAGCUUACUGAUACAGACGAAAAGGAGCAGUAGCACUGGAGAUUGUGAGGCAGUGUAGCAAAGUUCAAGCCAGAUAUGAUUGUAGGAGUCAGUCAACAAAUUGAUUUAAAUAAUGGUGGAAUGGAACCAAUCAGUAAUAUAGUGAAAAGAAUUUUCUGUUCACAUGUCGGGAUGUAGAUCAUGGCUGCACAGACCACCACCUACAAGGCAUAAUAUUAUGACCUCCUCCACCGUCACCUUGUUUGUCGUUGUCUGAAACUUUGACUCUGCUCCCUCUAGUGGCAUCUGUUGGCUGUAUUUAUGCCAUCAUAAAGGACACAUAGCAGUGGCAUUUACAACGUUUGAAAACAGACGCAUCUAUUUUCGUACAUAAAUGGAGAAUAAAUGAGCCUUCCGCUUUCAGAAAAUUUGCAUGAAUAUGGAUGAAAUGAACGCAGAAUACGGACAGAAGGUUCUAGCCAUGUUCAUAUAUGUGUCCAACGUUGAGCAAAAUUAGCCUUUAGGCGAUUAUUCCAACUGAAGUUAUACUCACAAAGGCUUUGACUGGCUCAUUUUUUAUCCAGUAGGGGAAACAUCCAAUCAGGAAAAGCCUUUGAAUUGGUCACUUAAAUUUUAAAUUUGGGUGGCAAUUUGGAGGUUUGGAACCAGACUAAGAUUAAGCUACAUAAAGCUUAAGGUUUUGCUGUAAUUAGAUAUUUAUAGAUUUUUCGAACAAUACCUCCCAUAUUUUCUUACAAAUUCUGCAAUAACUUUAGAGAGGUGAGGUGGCUCCCAGUAUCUUGGGAAAAAAAAUACAAUUAAAGAUAUUAGCCCAAUUUCUCACAAUUUGUUUACAAAGAAAAUGAUGUCAAAUCCAUUUCCUUUACACAAUGUCUUGGUCCCAUCAUGUUAUCCAGGUGAAAAAAAUAUCUCUUGCCUUGUUAAGAUGUUUUCAUAUUAAACCUUUUAGAAUCUCCAGAUUAACACAUGGGACACUAAAGCUCUGCAUGUUUCUGCAUAUUUCUGUGGAAUCGCUUCAGUGUGUGACAUUGAGAUCAGUUCAGGUUCAGUCAUUUCAUUACACAACCCACGCGUGUAAUAACCAUAUCCAUCAUGUCACAGGAGAACCAGAUAAGAUCCUCAUAAAAGACCAAUAUAUGAUCAGAUAUUGUAAGAUAGCAACAGAGUGUAAUCAGUCUAUCAAACUCUCAGGGUGGCUGUGGAGAAUGGUGUGUGUUUUGUAAGACCUCAGUUCAGCUCCCUGUGGUGUCAGCGACCUGAGCCUCCAUCUCAGCCCAAGGGAGAAUUUAUUUUCUACCGUCAUGUUUAUCUUUGCCUUGCACGCACAGAAUAUGUACAAAAUUACAUAAAGCAAACAAAAAAGUUAUGAACAGAGUGUAAAUCCAUAACUAUACUUGUUAAUUAUUAAAAUUAUGAGUUGUGUCAUAAUUUUGUACUCUCUUUUUUUAUUUUGGGUGUGUUAUUUAAUAUCUUGUGUCUCUUUGGGGAAGCUUUGUCAAGUCUGAGAAAAUAAUUGUGAUGAUGUCAUAAUGAUGUCAGCAGGGUUACAUUCACUUUAAAAACAAAAAACCUGCAUUACAAAACUGGGGAAAUGUUAUUGUCAAGAGUCUUGGAGGUUUCUCCAUGUGGAUAUAUAUGUUCAACAUUGGAAGAAAAAAAAAAUCUAAAGCAGUGGCUCCCAACUGAGUUCAGAUUUUUCAUUAGUCAUUGUCAGUUCAAGGUCCACACAGUUUUAUAUAUUCAGCGUCAUUCUUGGGUUUGGUCAUGUUGUCCAGUUAGUUUGCUGUCUCUGUCAAAUAGUUGUCCAUUAGUCACUUACGCUACAGCAGGAAACUGAUACUUCAAAA